AUGGCAGCUUUGACUCAAACACUAGCCCCAGCUCAUGGAGGUCGUGAUAUCCCCACAUACCACCAGAUCCCAGAGACUUCUUUUGACCUGGACUGGGCGGACCUCGCUACCUUGGAUCUGUCUAAGUUCGACCAACCCGGUGGCAAGGAGGAAUUGGCCAAACAGCUAUUCGACGCUAUCCAAAGUAUAGGCUUCUUCUACAUCAUCAACUUCGGCCUCUCGCAGGAAGAUGUCGAUCGCCAAUUCUCUAUCGGCAAGGAGUUCUUCAACCUCCCACUUGAAGAGAAGCUCAAGUAUCGGGCCGAGCUUGAAAAAGGGGGUUAUAACGGGUACAAGCCAAUGGGUCUCAGAGAAAUCAGUCCAGGUAUUUUCGAUAAGACCGAAAUCUAUAACAUCCCAAAAUUCAUCCCGGCCCUUGAGCGCCCGCAGCCCGACAUCGUGAACCACAAUCGACCGAUUAUUGAAACCUUCGCGCGCCACAUCCACAACGAAAUCGUUCGCAAACUCCUCACACUCUUCGCCAUCAUCCUCGAACUACCGGAGGACUAUUUCCUGAAAGUGCAUCGCUAUGACGAGAAAAGUGACUGUCACUUACGCUACAUGAAAUACCUUCGCCGCUCCGAAGAAGAAAACGAAAAAGCCGCGGGAAUUUGGUCCAAAGGCCACACCGAUUUCGGCAGCCUGACUUUACUCUUUCGCCAGCCGGUCGCCGCGCUGCAGGUUCGUACUCCGGAGGGCGAGUGGAAAUGGGUGAAGCCGUAUCCGGGUAGCAUCACCGUGAAUCUUGCCGAUUCGCUUCAGUUCCUCACCAAUGGCUUUCUCAAGAGCAGUAUUCACCGUGUUGUUGCGCCGCCGCCAGAUCAGAGGGAUGUAGACCGCUUAGGUGUUUUGUAUUUUGUGCGGCCAGAGGAUGAUCUUGAGCUACGGCCAGUUGUGAGUGAAGUUCUACGUCGAUUGGGGUUUGAUCAGACAACUGAUAAUAGUGCUGUUGGGAUCACUGCUGGGGAGUGGGUGAAGGCUAGAGUGGCUAAAGGGGUUGACAAGGGAUUGGCACGGAGUGAGAUUGGCGAUCAGCCUAUUAUUGGUGAUGUUGUAGCUAAAUAUUAUGAUUAG